AUGUCUAUAGUAAAUGAGAUGGCUCCUGGAACUGUGAGUUAUCAUGGAUGGUGUAAGAGAUUGGUGGGUCAACAUGAUAAAUUCGGACAGUUAUUCACCCAGCUGAUCCCGUUCCGUUCCGUGAGUCUCGGUUCUCUCCUCCGUGGCUUGAGUUUGGCGCGUAGGCAGCAAGAAGCUGGAGUUGAGCCAGAUUUUCUUAAUCGCAGAAGUACGAUUCGGGAGACCCGCUGGAAGGGAGCAAAGGCCAGAGAAAUUGGAGAGGGUGUCAAACUCUUCUACGGAGAAGACACCAAACGAAAUGGUGUGGCCACAGCAGUGGCAGAGUCUCUGAAAGACUGUCUCCGCCGCCAGUAA